CACGGAACACAAACCUAAACAUUUACAGGUGCAUAAGUACUUGAGGAAGGGCACGGGUGAUGCACCUGUCUUCAGGAAGGACUAACACAGGUGUGUUGUAACUGGGUAGACUGCUAGUGCUAGAUUAUGAGCUCAUUUGAUCUGCAGACACACUCUCCACCUCGCUGCAGCCCGCAAUUUCCAAAUAUUGGCCAGGAGCCUCCCGAGAUGAACAUCUAUUAUGAAAACUUUUUCCAUCCACAGAACGUUCCGAGCCCACAACGACCAACAAACUUUGAAUCUGGGGACUACAACACCACUCCCAACCCUUACCUCUGGCUAAAUGGACCCUCCAUUACCCCACCAUCAUACCUACCAGGAUCCAACACCAGUCCUUUCAUCCCUCAGUCCUAUGGGAUGCAACGGCAGCUCUUGCCUAACAUGCACAGUUUGGGGGGUACUGAUUUGGGCUGGCUUCCUCUCCCUUCCCAAGAGGAGCUGAUGAAGCUGGUGAGACCACCCUACUCCUACUCUGCGCUUAUCGCCAUGGCCAUCCAUGGAGCACCGGAGAAGAGGCUAACACUCAGCCAGAUCUACCAGUACGUGGCUGACAACUUCCCCUUCUACAACAAAAGCAAGGCAGGUUGGCAGAACUCCAUAAGGCAUAACCUGUCUCUCAACGAUUGCUUUAAGAAAGUGCCCAGAGACGAAGAUGACCCAGAAUCUGCUGGUCUCUUAACAGGAAAAGGGAAUUACUGGACUCUGGACCCAAACUGUGAGAAGAUGUUUGACAAUGGAAAUUUCCGUCGGAAGAGGAAAAGGAAGUCUGACAUUGGGUCCAGCACAGCAUCUCUUGCAUCUGAGAAAUCGGAGGACAGUGCCUUAAGUGGCAGUCCCAAGGCUGCCGAACACCAGGAUCUCUUGGAAAGCUCCUCACCUGGAACUGACAGUUCACCUGACAAGAGAUCUUCUCCGCCAUCUUCCAGCAGUCCCUGCCUCAACAACUUCCUCUCCAGUAUGGCCGCGUAUGUUAAUGGCUCUAACUCGGUGAGCCGAUCAGUGCCUCUGGGACUCAGCGUUGAGCCCACUGACAAAAUGGGACAGAAUAUGGUAGGAUUCAAUUCAUACGCUACACUUUCUAAUAUCCCCAGCCAUAGUGGGGCAGAAUGGUCCAAUUCAAUGCCUUCCAGCCAUCUUGGCUACAGCAAUUCAGUUCUCAAUCAAUUUAAUACCCAUUUCUACAGCAGUAUCGGUGCAAAUAACACCCUGUAUCCUAGAGAGGGAACUGAGGUUUAAACAACAAAGGAGGAAAGGAUAAAUGUGUAAGAGAGGAAAUGGUCAGUUGGUAGAGGGCUGCUGUUAGCCAGUCAUCUCUGAGACCUACAUUACAACCUGCCUUAGCGGCUGAAAGUGAGAACCCCAAAACUUUUACCUAGGAGACUUCCUCAUAUCACAAACCACCACAUCUUUAGCAGCUCCACUCAUGACAGGCCAGGGACUGGAACAGCAAGGGUGUUUCAGGUGAGCUCUGUGGGGCUCUGUCACACACAGCUCCUACCUUGCACUAUUCAAUGGCCAUCCUUAAAGAACUGCCAGUUGUCUUAGGCCUGGUCUACACUAGUAACUUUUACCUGUAUAGUAAUAUCACAUAGGGGUGUGAUUUUCUUAGUGACAUUUUAAUAUCUGCAAAAGCCCUAGUACAGAUGCUGUUAUAUAAACACAAAAGUCCUUUUCUUAGUACAGCUUAUUUCAUCUGGGGAACUGGUAUAAGCUAUACCAACACAAAAGUGCUUUUUCAGGUGUGAGCAAAAGGUUUAACAAGACCUUGGUUAACUAGACAAUGUUACCUCAGUAUUUGUGCUAUUCCCUAAGUAAAUAUAUGGAAGUACUACAUAUGCUGAGGUAGCUAUUUAAGGACAACCACUGUUCCUGCCUUCACCUAUAGCUAAAGCUAUUGGCCAAAUUCUGGCAUCCUUUCAUGCCCCAAUGGGGCAUACAGCCAGGUAUGAAGACAGAAUUUGGCCUUUACGUCCAUGGGCAGACAAUUCAUCCAGAAACAGAGAGGAAAUAACAAAAAUUAGGGAUGUUUACAGUCAGAUUUCAUGUUUUCAGUUUUAAGUACAUGCGUAGGGUCAGACGCUGCUUAUCUUAUGGUCUCGCUUGCAACCUAAUGUCCAUGGGCCUACUUACGUAAGAAAAACAGGAUUUGUGCCAUGCCAUCUAUUUUACAUACCUGAGUUUUCUGGAGAAGAAAACAUGUUUGUUCCAGUAUAACACUAACGUUUGUACUGAACAAGCAUCUGAACCUUGGGUGCUUUUGUAUAGAAAGUCUAACAUAUCACUGAGCUUCAUUUCAAAGAAUGCAUCUUCCCCAUGAAUUGAUUGCAGUCAUUGGGGGGAGGUAAAAACUGUUUACUGUACAUUUGUGUUUUGUAAAAGUCAAUUAAACAAUUAUGUCCAAGUGUAAAUAUUAUUGAAUAAUGCUUCUUUUUUCUCCUGAUCUCUUAAAAUAUUCUGUGUCUACAGUAGUCACACAGAAAAAUCCAAAGAUUAAAUAAAGGUUUUGCACCAAAAGAUGUUAACUAAGUUCCACAACUGUAUAUUGUAAUAUACAAAACUGAAUAUUCCUCAACACAGACCUCUUCAGCUAUUUAGUUAUGCUCUGGCAAACCUUUCAAGAUGGCUGAGAAGAGAUUAAUUUUCAAUUAAUAUAUUGUGACAAACACCCUACUGUGCCUUGAUUUUUUUAAUAUGUACUUUCGUUGCAUUUUCAUUAUGGGACACCCACGGAGGUAUUUUCAAUAAUAAAGCAUUUGUAUGUAA